AUGCUGUCAAAUCCUCUGCAGCGGUACUCGCCGUACCAGAACCUGUCUCAGCCCGGCCUCGUCUCCAAUGGACAUUCUCAGCAGCCGCUGGCGCACAACAAUGGCGUUGACCACAUGGGACAGACUGCGCAAUACGGCUUACACCAGCUUCACCACAACAUGGGACCACAGAGUCCUCCGCUGACCAGACAGACACCUGGUCCGAAGAACCGGCAGCAAUCGUUCAGCUCCGCGCGAGGAAGCGCCAGCGGGCAGGUGAGGCGACGAAUCAGUAGAGCCUGCGACCAGUGCAACCAGCUACGGACAAAGUGCGAUGGACAGAACCCUUGCGCCCACUGUACCGAGUUCGGCCUGGGGUGCGAGUACGCUCGCGAGCGCAAGAAGCGCGGCAAGGCCUCCAGAAAAGACCUGGCUGCCCGUGCUGCGGCCGAGGCCGUGCAGGCAAAAGCACCCGGGGGCCAGACAGGAGACCGAGAGCACUCCUCCACAGCAUCGACGGUCAAUGGAAAGACGGACGCCUCCAGUAGAGAUUCGCCACAAAGAAUGGACGACGAGGGAGCACUUGCGACCAACGACGCCAACAACAACUCAUCUUCGAGCGGGCUCAGGGGGUUUGACCAAAUAGAACAGCACACGAGCAACGGCUCUUCCAACAUGAAGCCUGACGGGCACAACGGCGAGACGCCUCGAGCGCUGGAGAUGAACGGAUAUACCGCCAUGACUCCACAAGGGUACGACCGAUCAGACAUGAAUGGGCAGAUGAUGGGGGCGCGCUCCUUUGGACAGAAUCACGGCGUGAUGUCUGGGUAUCCGGACUUGCCGUACCCAAUGCAGGGACAGAGCCCUCCAGGCUAUCAUGGUCACAAUGCGGGCUUCCGCAUCGGCGCAAGUCCCAUGACAGGCUAUCCCAUGGGAGCGGCCACCAACGCGUCGCCAGGCUGGGGCAUGCCAUUCCCCUCGCCGCCGGCGCAUUUCGGGCACGUGCACAUGGGCCAGAAUCAGAACAACAUCAACACGUCAAAUGUCCGUUAUCCUGUCCUCGAACCACUGCUGCCCCACCUGGCUGGGGUACUACCCGUGGGACUGGCGUGCGACUUGAUUGAUCUGUACUUUGCGUCCUCAUCAUCGGCGCAGAUGCAUCCCAUGUCACCUUAUGUGCUGGGCUUCGUCUUCCGCAAGAGGGCCUUUCUUCACCCGACCCGACCGAGGCGUUGCCAGCCCGCUCUGCUUGCCAGCAUGCUGUGGGUGGCUGCGCAGACAAGCGAUUCGACUUUCCUCACGAGUGUGCCGUCGGCUCGCAGCAAGACAUGCCAAAAGCUGCUCGAACUCACCGUCAACUUGUUGAAUCCGCUAAUUCACGUUCCUUCUGGGCACCCGUCACCCGGUGCAAGUCCAGCCGCCGACGGUGUCGCUCUUGGUGGGCUGGGCGUUGCUUUGCCUGGCUCCAUGAGCAUGGAUGCUCUGACGGGCGAGUCGGGAGCCUUUGGGGCGGCCGGCAACCUCGACGACGUGGUCACCUACAUCCACCUGGCCACGGUGGUCUCUGCCAGCGAAUACAAGGGCGCCAGCCUGCGGUGGUGGAAUGCGGCCUGGUCCCUGGCACGCGAGCUCAAGCUCGGCCGUGAGCUCCCGCCGGGUGCUCCGGGGAUGGACGCGGAGAUUGACGGCGAUGCCGACGGCCUGGACGAGCACGACAUUCAGCGAUACAAUCCCAACGUGGUGUCCGAGGAGGAGCGCGAGGAGCGGCGACGGAUAUGGUGGCUUGUCUACACUGUUGACAGGCAUCUGGCAUUGUGCUACAACCGACCCCUGUUCCUGUUGGAUGUGGAAUGCGACGGGCUGAAGCAGCCCCUCGACGAGCUCGUCUGGCAACGAGGCGACUUUGGCAGCCUAGACAGCGUCCACGACCCCAAUGCGCUGGGCAUGUCCGAGGCCGACGCCCGGCCUCGAGGACCCGGGUUCCAAUGCCACGGGCACAGCAUCUUCGGAUACUUCUUGCCACUCAUGACGAUCUUGGGCGAGAUUGUCGACUUGCACCACGCGAGAAAUCACCCUCGGUUUGGCAUCGGGUUCCGUUCCGCUGGCGAGUGGGACGAUCAGGCCGCCGAAAUCGCGAGACACCUGGAAACGUACGAACACAGCCUCAAGAUGUUUGAGCAGCAAAACCUACCGAAGCCAGUCUCCGACGACAAGAACGAUUUCCACGACGCGGGCGAGCACCUCGGGGCCGGUGGUGAGGCCCCAUCCCCGUCAAUCCACUCGGCUCACACCAACAGCUCGGGCCGCAUGACCGAGAGCGACAUCCAGACCAAGAUUGUCGUCGCGUACGGCACGCACGUCAUGCACGUCCUGCACAUUCUGCUCGCCGGCAAGUGGGAUCCCAUCAACCUCAUCGACGACCAGGACCUGUGGAUCUCGACGCAAGGGUUCAUCACCGCCACGGGCCAUGCGGUGUCUGCCGCCGAGGCCAUCAACCAGAUCCUCGAGUUCGACCCCGGGCUGGAGUUUAUGCCCUUCUUCUUUGGCGUCUACCUCUUGCAGGGCUCGUUCCUGUUGCUGCUCAUUGCCGACAAGUUGCAAGCCGAGGCAUCGGCGAGCGUGGUCCGCGCCUGCGAGACGAUUGUACGAGCUCACGAGGCGUGCGUCGUCACGCUCAACACGGAGUAUCAGAGGAAUUUCAGCCGAGUCAUGCGCAGUGCGCUCGCACAAGUGCGCGGACGAGUUCCGGAAGACCUCAACGAGCAGCACCAGCGCCGGCGAGAGCUGCUGGCCCUGUAUAGAUGGACGGGCGAUGGCACCGGUCUCGCCCUGUGA